UCGUUUAUGAACGGGCGGUCAUCGUUACAGUUUCCCGUUUUUAUUAUUAAAUGAAGGUGCUAUAGGCGUUUAUUUUAUGAGAAAACAGUAGGUUAUAAAAUUUAAAAUAAUGAUCUUACUGGAGAUCAAUAAUAGGAUUAUAGAAGAAACUCUAACUGUGAAAUAUAAAAAUGCCCUGGCGCGUUUAAAGCCAGAAUCUAUAGAUGUGACAGUUGCAGAUUUUGAUGGAGUUCUCUUUCAUAUAUCAAAUGUCAAUGGAGAUAAAACCAAAGUUAGGGUUAGUAUAUCAUUGAAGUUCUAUAAGCAAUUAGAAGAACAUGGUGCGGAUGAGCUGCUUAAGAGGGUGUAUGGAUCAUUACUCACAGACACAGAGUCUGGAUACAAUGUGUCGCUCCUGCUGGACAUGGAGAAUAUCCCAGAGGACUGGGAGGAUGUGGUGAAGAAGGUGGGUCUGCUGAAGAGGAACUGUUUUGCGUCUGUGUUCGAACGCUAUUUUCGGCUGCAAGAGGAUGGCGACGUUGGACACAAGCGCGCCGUCAUCAACUACAGGCAGGAUGAGACACUAUAUGUUGAAGCACAAGAAGAUCGAGUGACAGUUGUCUUCUCAACAGUUUUUCGACACGAAGAUGAUAUGGUAAUCGGAAAAGUCUUCAUGCAAGAAUUGAAAGAAGGUAGAAGGGCGUCCCACACUGCUCCUCAGGUUCUUUUUUCACACAAGGAACCACCUCUAGAACUCAUGGAUACCGAAGCUAAAGUAGGGGAAAAUAUCAGUUAUGUAACAUUUGUGUUAUUCCCCCGGCACACGUGUGCGGAGUCGCGCGAGAACACUAUCGACCUGCUGCACAUGUUCCGCGACUACCUGCACUACCACAUCAAGUGCUCGAAGGUGUACGUGCACUCGCGUAUGCGCGCCAAGGCCGGCGAUCUGCUCAAGGUGCUCAACCGCGCGAGACCGCAGCCCCGCGCACAGGAACGCAAGACCAUCACGGGAAGAACGUUUGUACGGCGAGAUUGAAAGUAUUCGGCGACGGGCGCGGCGCGGUAACAAUACACACACAUGCAGUCACACACGCACACAGAUCAUAUAAUACACACGAGCGGCUACGGAACAUGACCACUCCCACGCAGCGGGCUAUCUUGAGCCUACCGCAUUUUGGAUACGUAACCUUAUAUACGUCAGCUUCCGUAAAGCUUGUCAAGAUGAAGAAAGUGUUAUUUCCAAUACCUAAAAUCUUGUAAAUAUUGUUUCUGUUUUAUGGUUCUUUCUCAAUAAUCAACUCAUCAGAUAUGAGUACUUUUGUGGCAUGGUCUGAUAAACGUGUCCAAUGUCCAUCUUUAGUAAAGUUCUCAAUUCGAAUGCAACAUCUCUCGCUUUGUCCAUAUGUAUAAUGUAUAUAGAAAAACAAAUAAUAGAGCUGUCAAUGUAAAUUGAAAUUAAGAUAACAAUAUUAAUAUAAUUUAUAGUCAAGCUUAAUGCAAUUUGUAAUUUUUAUGCGUUUAUUUUAAAUUUAUAUAUGAGCUUGUUUAUCAUUAUAUUAUUUUGUGUCUUGAACAAUAACAGAAAAUAGAUGUACUUCUUAAAAUUGAUACGAGUUCAGCAACAGAACUGAUAUCACAUUAUUCUUUUUUUUUUAAUUUUCACGAAUUUUUUUAAUUAUACAUAUUUAUAAGACAAAUGCAUCCAAGUUGCGGCCGGCUUUAGUACUUAUUCACAUACGACGCAUAAUACAUUUUGUCCCAUCGAACUUGCGUAUGUACGUGGAACGUUGCGUGUUAUUAUAAUUAAAAUAACCGAUGGCCGCGCCACGAGUCUGCGAAAGGCUCGAAAAAUUAGUGGACGCGUUUAGUAAUGUCCAACAAUGUGCGUAUUUCUUUUAUAAACUUUUACUAAAUAUUUUAUUUAUUACUGUAAAUCAUUUUCUCUAAACUGAAACGUCACAAAGUUCUUAUCAUAGUAACACAGUGAUCCGUUUUUAACGAAUUGCGUCCGGAGUUUCUCGUCGUCGACAGAUGACGUAAUGUUAUCAUAUUAUCCUGCAUUGAAAUGUGCACAUUGUAUUAUAAAUAUUUAUUGUCAACUCUUAAAACAUAGUGUAAAAUCGAUGAGUAAUAAUGUUGCGGUAGUUCUUGUUGAUAGCAAAAUUAUGCUUUAUUGUAAUGAGAGUUCUAUUUAUAAAGAGACCACUGCGGCGUGCACGCAGGUAACUCUGGUUCCUAAUACUAGUGCGUGCGGAUAUCGCCGCAGAUUUGAACUUUCCUUCUAGCUUACCUGAUUUUGUUGAUGUCAUUUAUGUAAUUGCCUAUCCUCGUGUAGGGUGAAAUGUAUUAUAAAGUGUAGCCUAUAUGGUUAACAAAGUUGAAUCAACAUAUAUCUGUGAAUUAUCAAAACAGGUAUGAUGCACAAACAUGUACGAAUUAUACUAUUAUUAAACACUGCUCCUGUAUUUAGUUCCAUAAUGAUAAUGCAAUAUACGAACAAUAAUUUUAAUAAAUAAAUUUUUCAGUUUUAGGUAGGUCUGAUUCAAUUAUAAUGCGUAAGUGAAAGUGUAUAGUAUUUCUUCUCAAUAGAUUCUUCCACAGCCAAAAUAUACUGGAUGGUUAAAAUGCAAUGGCCUUAUUUCCGUGUGUUUGGUCCAGCUGCUUCGGUUCGAAACCGCGGCACCGAUUGAUAGAGUCGCUAGGUUAGAAAACGAUAAAAUACUGUAUCUAAUUUUAAGUGCAAUUUAAAACAACACAUCGUUUCUUAUUCCGAUAAUUUUAAAAGAGUACCUAUAUAGUGUUCGAAAUUUAGCCAAACUUAUUUGCAAAUUCUAAUAUUUAUUAUUAUUAUCUUCUAAUUAUGUAGUGUCAUUUUUAGUAAACACUGAAUGGUAUCAAUAUAUCAUGGGCAUUUAGUUUUGAGCACAGAAGCACCAAAAAAUGUUUGCUCAAGCUGUUCAAAACAUCUAGGGGCUAAAUGAUCGUGUCAAAGACUGUAGGUAACAUCUAUGCAUUCAUAAGAUUAUUGUUUGUGAAUUAUUUAGUGUAAUAAAUUGGGGAGUAAUGAAUUUGGGUGUGUCACAGAAUAUACGUCGAUGUGUGAACUGAGUGGUGAAGCUAUCAAAGCAAAGUUUCAAGUCAGUGGUUUUACGUAAGACAAGAAAUUAUAAUGUAUAUGCUAAGUCAUAAAAUAAUAUAAAAACAUACAAUUAUUAUAACAUGACAGUUAAACAAAAUUAAUAAAAUCAUAUGGAUUGUAUGGGUAAGAAUGGGGAGUAAUACAUGCAUGUAGAGACAAUUUAACUAUUUAAUAAAAUUUUGUAGCUAACUUGAAUUUUAUGUAACUUUUAUUUGCAAGAUGUAUUAUUUAUGUAUUAUAAAAUGUAAGUUAAAUGUUACUUUAAAGUUAAUUCUUACAAUUUGGUAAUUGUUUUUACUGUCAGUUUUAAUGUGAGAUUUUGCAAACUGCAGAACAUAGAAGUUAUUUGUGAAUAUGUAAUUAUUCUUGUGAUUUCGAAAUACCGUUUAUACUGUAUUUUUAUUUUCUAGAUUAAAGAAAACAUCUUAAUGCAUUUUGGAUUUUUAUUGAUUAAACAAAAUU